AAGCUGGUCUACAUGCUCCACAGACUGAGAGACAGAGGAUGUGAGAGCAGGCAAGAUGGAGUGCUGGCACAGAUGAAGACUGUCCCUGGUACAAUUUGACAGUCCAGAUGAGCGUCUCAAAGCCCCCUCCACCACCUUCUACCUCCCACCUUGCCAUCCCCCCUGCCUCCCCCUCUGCCCCUUCCUCGGCUGCCACCUCCCCCUCGGCGAUGCCCCAUUCUGUCGCUCCUCCUCCGCCGUCGCCGGUCAAGAUCUCUAUGCAGGAGCACUUUGCCAUCAACGUGUGCCCGGGGCCAAUCCUCCCCAUCCCACAGAUAUCAGACUUCUUCCCCCGCUUCCACGACUACCCCUGCACGCCGCCACCCCCCAGGGAGAAGAAGAUCCUGAAGGAGGAGACGUUCAAUGGGGAGACGGGCGUAGGCUACAAGGAUGGGGAGAGGAGAGUGGAGAACGACGGAGACAGGGAGGAGGUGUUCGACUCUGACGACGAGGACACCUACCUGGGAACCCUGGAGUUCACGCUGCUCUUUGAUCAAGAGAACAACUGCCUUCAUUGUACUAUUGUCAAGGCAAAGGGUCUGAAGGCCAUGGACUCCAAUGGACUGGCUGAUCCAUAUGUCAAGCUUCAUCUUCUCCCAGGGGCAAGCAAGGCGAACAAGCUUCGCACAAAAACCCUGAAGAACACCUUGAAUCCAGUGUGGAAUGAAACGCUGGUGUAUCAUGGCAUCACCGGAGCUGACAUGUCCACAAAGACGCUCAGGCUGUGUGUGUGUGACAUGGACAGACUGGGGCGAAAUGAAUUCAUCGGGGAGGUGAGAGUGGCUCUGAAGAAACUGAAGGAGGGCGAGAGCAAGCGGUACAACAUGGGCUUGGAGAGAAUCGCUCAGAAUAAAGACACAAACAAUCAGUUGUUGGACCAGGGAGCAGUUGUAGCAGAAGAGGAGCGUGGACGCAUCCUGGUGUCGCUGUGCUACAACACAGAGAAAGGCUGCCUGCUGGUUGGGAUCAUACGCUGCGCCCACCUGGCCGCCAUGGACUCCAACGGCUACUCUGACCCCUUCGUCAAAAUCAUCCUGCAGCCUGACAUGGGGAAAAAGUCAAAGUACAAGACGACAGUGAAGAAAAAGACUCUUAAUCCUGAAUUUAAUGAGGAGUUCUCAUACGAAGUAUCCUUGGACCAGCUGGCGAAGAAAACCCUGGAGAUCUCGGUCUGGGACUACGACUUGGGAAUGAGCAACGACUUCAUAGGUGGAGUGGAGCUGGGCAUCAACGCAAGUGGACAGAGACUCAGACACUGGUUCGAUUGUCUCAAAAACAAAGGGAAGAAAGUGGAAUAUUGGCACACGCUCACGCAGCAAGGAGCCCCGAGCAGCGACAAGCCGGACUAGAUCACCCAAAGGCACGAUCUCGAGCACGUUUGUCUCACCCAACGACGGUUGAAAAGAGUCCAACAACAACAGCGAUCGAAACAAAGAACCAAAACAUGCAAUAAUAGUGUUGAAAAUUUACAUUUGUCAUAUAUUGUUACUGCACACAGCACAAAGUAUUAGUAUACAUCGAUACUAAUCUAUGUGAUCGUGAUGAGAUGUUAUCUGAAUGCAUUUUCCCCCCAGAUGAUCAAAAUUGUGAUGAUGUCCCCAUUGAUGUGUUGUCAUGACAAAAACAAGUACCCUCCAAAUUGUGCUCGCCGUGUCGUGGAAGUCGUUCAUAUUCAUUUAGACUUCAAGAGCACAUUUUAAUCUAAGGUUUCAGAAGUCAUUCAAGCCCUCUCCGUGUACACCCUCGUGACUUUGUGCGACUUAGUUACAGGAGCAGGUACGUUGAAAAGUCUCUAAUUUAGCGGCUGUCAAUCUGAUGCAAAAGGACACCAUAUUUUACCGUAAAGCACAAGACAAGAUCCAUUAGGUGGAUUGGUACCUUUACCUUUUUCAGUGUUCUGUCUUUUUGUUAAUUGUCCGUGGCAGUGGUCUUCUACCACCUCUAUGUCAGGCAGUGACGUGUUGGCGUUUGUGUAUGUGUGUGUAAAUUAUGACAAUAUGAGUGCCUACAUUUAUAUGUGCAAUACUCGUUUGUCUGUGUUCUCCUCAUACCACAUUCAAAAUGUUUCUGUUUGAACUUCAGAUGCAUGGAGGUGUGAGGGAAUGUUGACAAAGGGCAAGAACGAUACAGUCAAUACAAAAAAUGUUCUGUGACCAAAACAAACCUCAGUGUUGUGAGCCAUUUCUGUCCCCAAAGGCAACUUUAAGAAUGAAAAACACUACUGUUGACUGUAGUAAUGAAAAGCUGAUUGGUGUUCGCAGCAGGCAAACAGAAAUAUCUUUGGGCGUAUUGUUUGUAUGUUCAGAGCGAUAGUUUAGGCCAGGGGUGUCCACCCUUUUUCAAAUGUGGGCCAAAACUAUCCAGAUGAAAGGACAUGUGGGCCACAAUAAACUGAAGAUGAAACAAAGCAUACAAUUUUUUUAAUUAUUUUCUUUUCCCUUUUUAAACUCAACAGUGUGAACAAUAUUUUGGAAAAAGGACAAGAGUUUAUUAAAUCUAACAGAGGAAUUCUAAAUUGUUGUCAGAUUAACCAUAUGUAUGUAUAU